AUGUUUAUUUGUGCUGCUGGAUAUUCAUCAAAAAUCGUGAGUGACCCAGUUUAUCCUGCAGAUCCCAGGGAAGAACUCUUAGAUGACUGUGAGAAUAUUUGGAAGCAGUUGGAAGAGUGUCACAGCAAGUUAAUGAAUAUGGAAACAGAAACAGUACUAAACUCAAAUGGCCAGUUUUCUGUGUUACCAAUUCGAAUGCAAGCUGCAACAGCAGAAUGUCUUCAAUGGCAAAGAAGAAAACCCAAAUUACUUUCUACCAAACCAGAGGUACUGUUAGCAUUAGGAAAAGAAGAGUUACAGAAUGUAAAGAGUGAUCUUGACAUGCUGCUGUCAACAGUUGAGGCAAAGAAUAAACAACUGGAAGAAGAUCUGGAAAGAGAAGAGCAAUGGCAGAAGGAACAGGAGAAGUUACUAGAUGUCCUUCAUGGAACUGAAGAAGAUGUAAAAGCACAAGUUGGACAAUUUCACAAAAAAAGUCGGGAAGCUAGAGCAUUAAAUGAACUGCAAAGGAAAAUUAUGAAUGUAAGCGUGUAUAAGCAAGAACUCCUGGAUGCUCUGGGUGCAUUCCUAGAGGAACAUUUCCCCCUUCCAGAGAAAAGUGGAGAUGCUAAAAAUAAG